GUGAAUGUUGCUCACGCACGUUUAUUUUCUUUGAUGGAUGGAAUUUUGUUUCGCUGCGACUAACAGACCUUUAGAGUCAGGAGUUUGCUGAAUAAAUCAAAAUCCUCCAAGCGAGAGUCGUCGUGACAACAAUGUAUGUCAGGAUUUUACACCUUAACGGCUGGAGACGUUUCAAAUGUCUACUUCUUACAUGGCUUAUAGCUCUUCUGUUUGCAUUUUUGUCUUACGGAGAGCUGAAGUUCGUUUGGAAGAAAUCUCACCGUGACUGCUGGGAUGCUUCACAACAAUAUGGGUCAAUUCAUCAGAACUGUUCUCCAGUGACAAAUGUCCUGUUUCUCAAGACACAUAAAACAGGAUCUUCCACAUUAUCUAACAUCUUCUUCCGUUAUGGCGACUCCCGAGAUCUUUCAUUUAUUCUUGGUGCAGACACACUCAUUGGUUGGCCGAGACGCUUUAGAAUUGCACAUACCUUGAAACGUAAUGAUCUUCAGCCAAAUUUUCUGUGUAGUCACACAAGGUACAGCAAGAAAACGAUGAAUUACCUUUUUCCUAAAAACACCAGCAAAUAUAUCACAAUCCUUCGAGACCCAGUUGGCCAGUUUGAGUCUGUAUUUAGCUAUAUGGGGCUUGGUAAAGUAUACAAUCUAAGUGCUGACCCUGCAGAAUCUAUCAAACAAUUUCUCAGGGAAGGAAUAGAAUUUAAGGAUUUAACUAAAACUCAAAUAACAGUUUUAGCCAGAAACCCGAUGAUGUUUGAUUUGGGUUUAGACCCUCAGUUUUAUCAGAAUGUCACAGCUGUGAAGAACUACAUUGCAUUUUUGGAGAAGGAAUUUGACCUAGUUAUGUUUAUGGAGUACUUUGAAGAGUCCAUGGUACUCAUGAAGCGCUUCCUUUGCUGGGAACUAAGAGAUAUUCUACACAUUAAAACAAAUGAGAGAAUAGAUAAAGAAAAAUCUCCACUUAGCGAAAACAUGAGGGAAAACAUAAAAAGAUGGAAUAAAGCUGACAUGUUACUCUAUGAUCAUUUCAGCCAAAUAUUUUGGCACAAAAUAGAAAUGGAAGGUGUAGGGUUUUACCAAGAUCUCGCAGCCUUUCGACAAAUGAAGAAGGAAAUGGAAAAAACCUGUUACAAAGGAACAACCCUCCAAAUGGCCUACGUUGGCAAGUAUGUGAAGAGCCUGGCUUUGAAUCCAAACCUGUCACAAGCAAGUAGAGAGAAAUGUGAAAAAAUGACAAGAAAAGAGAACAGCUAUCUUGAGCAUCUAAGAAAGAAACAAUCUUUUAAAUCAGCCGGACCUAUUGAGGCAGCGAUAAGCGAGGACAAUGAACCUAAUCAGCUUACCUGGGAUACGGCAAAAGAUCUUCAAUACGAUCCUUUACCACAGUAACUAUUGUCUAGAUAAAGAGAAAUGAACUUUUGAAAAGAGUCACCUAGAUGAACAACAUUGGCUUGUUAACUAUUACGAUACCGUGACAUUAGAUCAUUACAUGAUUAUUUGUCUAGGCAUUUGGUACAACUAACCUAAGAAAUAACCUGGCACAUAAAACUAAACUAAACUUUUUUAAAAGUCACUACAAAAGAUUUAUACCAUCACAUGCACCACAUUGAUCUGGCUCAAUGAGACAACAGUUCUUUCUCCGUAUUUAUAUAUUUAUUGUCAAUAAUAUUAUUGCACAUCAACUCCUUUCACUGGUAUAAUUUGAAUAAUUUUCAUAUUGUUCCCAGGCGGUCCACACGUACUGUGUGUGAUUUGGGGAUCUAAAGGUCAUUAACGAGAAUACCUAAUAAUAAAACAAAUUAGAAAGGAUAAUAAAAGCAAGGAACAUAACGUGUUAAGUGUCCUUACCCUUUUUCUGUAGCCGCUUGGUCGCUUACGGUCAAUUUAAAGCUAUUUUGGCAACUUUCUUUAAUUUAAUCACAGACCGCCUGUGAUUGUACACACCAUUAUUUAAGGGAGCAGUUGUCAAUUGG